GCAAGAGAGGGAGGUCACUGCAGGGACACCAAACAGAAAGUUCAGGCAGGGAUUGAGGAAUGUGGGCAGUGGGGGCUGGGCAUGGCCCAGAGGCUGAAGCCAGCAGCAAGCUGCAGAUCCAGAAGUUCUGGGCUCUAGGAGGGUAGAAAGGAAUCUAUUGAACCAAGGAGAACUGGGCCAGCACGUUGACUUAACAGGAAGUAGGACUAGAGAGACAGCAGUGGGGGACAGAAGGCUUCCACCUCCCCCCCAUCCUUCGGUUCCAGCCAUGUCUCAGCUUGGGGGACACAGGGGGAGGCCCAGGACCCCAGGGCCUCCUGUGCGCAGCAUCCGGCCCUUCAAGUCCAGCGAGCAGUACUUGGAAGCCAUGAAGGAAGACCUGGCUGAGUGGCUUCGGGAUCUGUACGGGUUGGACAUUGACGCAGCCAACUUCCUGCAGGUGCUGGAGACUGGCCUGGUGUUGUGCCAGCAUGCCAACAUGGUCACAGAGGCUGCCCUGGCCUUCCUGGCUGAGGCACCUGACCGAGCCCAGAAGAUUCCCAUGCCCCAGGCUGGGGUUGUCUGCAACGGGGCUGCUCAGCCAGGCACCUUCCAGGCCAGGGACAACAUUUCCAACUUCAUCCAGUGGUGUCGCAAGGAGAUGGGCAUCCAAGAGGUGCUAAUGUUCGAGACAGAGGACUUGGUGCUGCGCAAGAACGUGAAGAGUGUGGUGUUGUGUCUGCUGGAGCUAGGUCGCCGCGCCUGGCGCUUCGGUGUGCCGGCACCAGCCUUGGUGCAUCUGGAAGAGGAAAUUGAUGAGGAGCUGAGGCGUGACCUGGCCCUGCCCUCGCCGGACCCACCGCCGCCGGCGCCCCCGAUCCGCAGGCCUUGCCACUUCCACAACCUGGACCAGAUGGUGCAGAGCCUAGUGAGCCACUGCACGUGCCCAGUGCAGUUCUCCAUGAUCAAGAUAUCUGAGGGGAAGUACAGAGUGGGGGACUCCAACACGCUCAUCUUCAUCAGGAUUCUCCGGAGCCACGUCAUGGUGCGUGUUGGGGGCGGCUGGGACACGCUGGGUCAUUAUCUGGAUAAACAUGACCCCUGCCGGUGCACGUCCCUCUCCCACAAACAAGGCAGUUUCCUGAAGCCCCCGGGACCGCCAGUGCAGCAUGAAGUGACGGUGCAGGAUGGGCCCUCACAGCCCCACCCUACAAUGACCAUCAGCCGCUCCCAGAGCCCACUGCCUCCGGUGGACUGGAAGACAUACACCUCUUUCAGCCGAAAGCUGAGGCCCCCCACUCCCUCUUCUCCUGGACCCCGUGGUGAACGGGGAUCAGAGGCCAGAACCCUCAGAGAGAUGGCUCCACCACUAAGGUCCCAAGAGAGACCAAUGACUCCAUCUCAGAGGAUGUUGUCACCUAGUCCCCAAUUCUCAUCUACCUGUAGAGGCUCAGAUCUACAGAGUACCCUGUCAGGGAAGAGAGAGAACAGAUGCCUGGUUGAGCUGCGCAGAGGAAGGACUCUCACAGCUUGGGCUCACAAGGAAACAGACAGCCGAGGAGGAAGACAUAUUAAGGCCCCUGCCCCAGAGAGGCUCCAAAUCCCUGAGGCCACCAGUAAAGGGACAUCAACAACAGGACCGUCUCCCCCACCUCGUUCCUCUAGCCUAGCCAAUCCUCAUAGCAUUUGGCUCUUGCACCAGGGUGCCUCCCCGCAGCUCAGCAAGCCCAUGUCUACUCAAUCCCCAACCCCUGGCAAAGGGCUCACCAAGAUCCCCAUCCGGCUACCCUCUGCCCGACCCCCAACUCCAGGAAGAAGCUUUUUGGGCACUGAAGAUGAAGUCUCCAUAGGGAGAGGCCACGUCACAUCAAGGACCCUGACAGGGAACCCGGAUAGAUCCACAAACAGGCAUCGCUCUGUGGACACAAGCCAUGGGAACCACCAGGUGGACACGCAGUUUACUUCAGAGACUGAAAGUCCCAGGAGCCUGGGCACACAGCAGUGGAAGGGGAGGCACACCUCUCUGUCCCUGGGCAGGACCAGAGAACAAGCCCUCUAUGGUAGCCUUGAGGAAGAGAUUGUGGCCAACAUGGAACUGCUGGAGGUGGGGGCUGCCUGCACUCAGGGUACAAGGUCUCGAGUCAUCCCUCGAAGUGGGGUCUAUGUUCCCAGCCUGGGUGGGAGGUGGCCUGAGCCCGGGGGUCCUUAUGAUAAGGUCAUUGAGGAAUUGGUUCAUGGCCCCCCACCCCUCCUUAAAGUGGAUCUGAAAUCCUGGAAGGUAAGCCCCAAAGGCCCCCCUAAGCCAGAUGUUAGCCCAGGAAGCCCCAAAGAGAAACUAGGACCCAGAGAGAGGGGGCCAAGGACAAAGGCAAGCCUGGGUGGCAAGGGAGCCACAGUGAGGACUAUGCCCCCUGCAAGAGGGCAGGACUGCUCCACCUUGACUGCGCCUGCCAUCCCAGAGGCUGCCACACGCUCACGCUCAGAUCUCAGUUCUAACAAAGCCAAGGUAGGUCUGGGCAAGGGAAAGAGAACCCUCCGCAAGCCCCAGAAGGUCCCAUCCAUUUAUAAGCUGAAGCUGAGACCCAGAAUCCGUCCCCGUAGAGACCACAGGCCUGAGAAAAGACCUUCCAGAAUUCCCAAGCCACUGGCUUACCUUUGCCUGGGUCCAGCCAAGGCAGCUCCUGGCAGCCGGCUAUUGAAAGUUACAUUGAGUGGCAAGGGAGGGGGCACCUGCCAGGUGAUUCAAGCAAGUGAAAAGGAGGAGAAAGAGAAAAAGAAAGAAGCCAGCACCUCAUUGGAGAGCAGCACCCAGCCUUUCGAGAUCCAGGAACCUCCACAGCUUGAUGGAACCCCAUUUCCACCUGAGGAAUCUUGGGUUUGAAGAGUUCGCUGACGGGCAGGAGCACAGUGACAUGUGUGCAGUGCAAUGUGUGUGUGAGAAAGGACAGUCCCUCACUCAGCACAGGGGCUUGGCCAGGGGUAAGUCUGAAGACCCUAUGUGUUCAGUUGAGCAAAAGAGCAGC